AUGCCGGGGCAGUCGGUGUCCCCAGGCUGCUCGGACCGCAGUGACCCCGUCCCCGGGUCCCAGAAAGCCGACCUUAGUGGCGACGCCACGGCGGCCACCAUCAACCACUCGCUGAUACUGCUGCAGCGCCGGGGGGGGCUCUCCGGCAGCGACUCGGUGCUGCGGGUGCGCACGGCCGCCUCCGACGAGGCCAAGGUCUUCCAUACCCACCAGCUGCUUCUCAGCCUCCAGAGCGAGGUCUUUGAGAGCCUCCUGCGCAACCAGAGCAUCGUCACGCUGCACGAGCCACCCGAGACGGCUGCGCUCUUUGAGAAGUUUAUCAGGUACCUGUACUGCGGGGGGGUGUCCAUCCUGCUGCACCAAGCCAUCCCCAUGCACCAGCUGGCCAGCAAGUACCGGGUGUGGGGGCUGCAGCCCGGCGUGGCCGACUACAUGAAGACCCACUUGGCCAGCGAGUCGAGCCAGGGCCACGUCGUGGGCUGGUACCACUACGCCGUGCGCAUCGGGGACGCGGCGCUGCAGGAGAGCUGCCUCCAGUUCCUGGCCUGGAACCUCUCGGCCGUGCUGGGCAGCGCCGAGUGGGGCCGCGUCUUGUUGAAGCAUCCCUACAGCUUCCACCAGAGCUCGGACGAGGCGGCCGACUUCCUCGCCCACGCCGACCUGCAGAAGCGCACCUCCGAGUACCUCAUCGACAACUCCCUGCACCUCCACAUCAUCAUCAAACCCGUCUACCACUCCCUCAUCAAGGCGAAGAAGUAA